AUGGCAAAGCAGGUUGGUGAGUCGAGCGGAUCGCCCGCAAAGAGGGCCAAAGUUGAUCCAAAGGCAACUGCCCUGGCUGGCUUGAGUCGUUUGAAUGAAGCGGAGAAGACGUCGAUUCUGGAGCGACUCAUCAAAGAUGCUAGACUGAGCGCCACCAAAGUUGUGUCUGAGGAGUUAGAGAAGCGGGACGCCGCACCCAUCAACGUGCAGAGCCUGCUGCAGAGUUUCGGCAGCCGUGCUUUCCGUGCUUUUCACCAGCUCGAUCGACUCCGACCUUCGCAGCAGUACGAGCAGAGCCACCGAGUGACGGGAGACAUCGAUAAGCUCAUUCAGGAAGCGGGUGGUUUGAAAGCUGCGCAUGCCAUCAUGGCCCUUGCGCGGGUAGCUGAUGUCAUGAGCGACGCCAGUGACACGGGACAAGUUUUCCAUGACACAGUGGCUUCAUGUGGUGGCGUGCCAUAUUUCCUGUCCGCAGCGUUGCGACAACACCUGAACAAGCUGAGUGCAGCUGAUUGGUCAAGCUUGAAGCCGGCGUAUGAACAGUUGUCGGGAGUGCAAAGCUGCUUGCAGGACUAUGCGAUUGAGGACUUCGAUGAUGUCGUCAGCGAGAUGGCGAAGCACUGCAAGGAAAGCUGA